CGAAUGGAGGGGGAAUAUGGAGCGCCGCAAAGAGGGGUGGAGAUAUCGCCGCGGUUGCAUGUGAAAAGGAGAAUCUUGAAAAAAGAUGGUCGCAGGCAAGUCUGCAGUCUUGGAUGACUCGAAUCAUUGAUUUGGACGCAGCUGGUGCAUGUUGAAGUCAGCAGUUCGGCGGGCUGGUUGCUUAUUCUAUGUUGUGCGAAUAAAAAAUUUCAGUGUGGUCGGUUCAACCAAUUUACCAUGCCGAACAUCAUAAACGACGUGAAGCUCGAUUUUAAGGAUGUCUUGUUGCGCCCUAAAAGGAGUACUUUACGUAGUAGGGCAGAUGUGGACCUUUAUCGGGAGAUAAAAUUCAGAAAUUCUAAACAAACAUACAAAGGUAUACCUGUCAUGGCAUCGAAUAUGGAUACGGUCGGUACGUUUGAAAUGGCGAUUGCGUUAGCUAAGCAUGGGCUGUUCACAACUGUGCACAAGUAUUACAGCAUAGAUGAAUGGAAAGAAUUUGCUUCAAAGAACCCUGAUUGCCUUAAUUACAUAGCUGCGAGUUCGGGCACUGGUCAAGGCGAUUUUGAUCGCCUUUCUCAAAUACUUACUGAAAUUCCUGAAAUUACAUUCAUUUGUUUGGAUGUUGCAAAUGGCUAUUCCCAGCAUUUCGUUGAAUAUGUGAGGAAAGUUCGUGCAGCAUUCCCAACUCACACAAUAAUUGCUGGCAAUGUUGUGACUGGAGAGAUGGUGGAGGAACUUAUUCUCUCUGGAGCCGAUAUCAUCAAAGUGGGCAUUGGCCCGGGUUCUGUAUGCACGACUCGCAUGAAGACGGGUGUUGGCUUUCCUCAGCUGAGUGCUGUCAUUGAGUGUGCUGAUGCUGCUCAUGGUUUGCAGGGUCAUAUAAUUUCGGCAAGUCUCUUCAUAGAUGGUGGUUGCACAUGUCCUGGAGAUGUGGCUAAAGCUUUUGGGGCUGGAGCAGAUUUUGUUAUGAUUGGAGGCAUGCUGGCAGGUCAUGACCAAUGCGCUGGUGAUGUGAUUGUCAAGAAUGGUAGAAAAUUUAAAUUAUUUUAUGGCAUGUCAUCAGCAACAGCUAUGGAGAAACAUGCUGGAGGUGUUGCUGAAUACAGGUCUUCAGAAGGAAAGACUGUGGAAGUGCCAUACCGUGGCGAUGUGGAAGUAACUGUGCUUGAUAUCCUGGGUGGUCUCCGUUCAGCUUGCACCUACACUGGAGCAGGAAAACUCAAGGAAUUACCUAGACGUGCAACCUUCAUUCGUUGCACCCAACAAUUAAAUCAGGUGUAUAACAACAUGUCUUCUGGGGCUUCUGGAGAGUAGCUCUACAGAUGUUCUACCUCUUUUGGCCUCAAGGCUGUUUUGGAGAGUUAAAAUCUGGUGCUUUCCAUCCAUCUAUUGCGGUCUAAUUCAGUCACAAUUUUGUGUACUGUGAGAAGGCACAGCAUGACAUUUAUUUGUCAAAGAGAAAAUAAAAGAAGUACUUUUAGGAAGUAGCUGGUCUCUACUAAAAUUACUUUUUUGUAUUGCUACAAAAUUUGUACAUACUUCUUUAAUGUCUGUUUACUGACUUAUUCUGAAUGAAGUAAGCUGAAGUACCUCACUCUUGGUUUUUGUUAUUAACUCCGAAUUUCAUGUUUCAAAAUAUUAAUUACAUUUAGAUCAUUACAGUUGCAAGAUUGCAUUUCCAGAUCUGAAAGCUCAUGUGUGCAUCAUCACUUUUGAUUAGACUGAAAACAGUAACAGGUAGCAGUUCAAAACAAAAUAACUGCCAGAAAAUCACAAAUGUUUGCAGCAGUAGUUGACACUGAAAACAUUUCUAUGAAACGUCAUAUUAUUACUUUAAUAUGGUGUGUGUACUAAAUAAGUAUAUAUGAAUUUUAAAAUUAACUGACAGUUUCAUGCUAUAUUUAAUUAAUAUAUAAUCUUUAUCCAAACAUGUCGAUCAUUACAAUAUUCAUCCACGUCCUAUUCUCCGCAACAUAUUUCACGGGGUGAGGAAGUAUUUUCUUCAGUCAUUACUUAUAAUCAAAACACACACGCACAAUUAUUAAUUAAAGUUGAUACAUUUUAUUUAGAGAUCUUGAUUAAAUAUUACCUGUUCUUAGAGCUUGCAAGUUGCAAUAAAUAGUGUUUUGAAGGUCAGAAGGGAGAACAAAUUAAUAAAAAAAAGACAUAGAGAUUACAUGUGCUAUCUGAAUCAUGGAUGUGAAGAGUUAUUUAAACAGAAACAGGUCAACACCUCUCAUUUACAAUUUGCUGUGCCUUCAUGCAGUUGCAUUUCCUCCUAAAUAAUUAUGAGUGUGUGUAUGAUGUUUACAAUUUCAUCAUUUUCUCGAUUUUUAACACAAUGUAAUUUAUUAUUUGUUGUUUUGAAGAUAUUCCAAGAACUUGUCAAAAAAGUGAAAUGUUUUGUUAAAUAGUAUACUUUUUCUUUUUGCAAGUAGCUGUAACCAUCUUUUUGCUAUGUGCAGACUUGGUACAUUGUAACAAAAAGAAAAUUGAAGAUCCCAUUUCUUGUUAAUACUGCUUUUACUGGAAGUGUUACGUUAGUUGAACGUACAUAUUGAAGAUCAGAUGUUCAAAAAUUUUAGACAGUUUUAAAAUUAUUUUGCUAUAUUUUCCUUUUUCUUGUUAUUGUUUUAUAUUUAUAAUAUUAACUAAUGUUUAAUUUUUAUGCAGUUUGUGACUAGAAGAAAUGAAAUGCAUUCCUUGUAAUGUCUUCCUUAUACAAAGCUACAAAUUUCUUAAUGAAUUUUUAGAAAAAGUUUUUUGAAGAAUUAUUCUUCAGUAAAUGAUGUGUAUUAUUCUUUUUAAUUUAAGCAAGUGUUGGUAUAUUGUGAAGAAAAUGAAACAAAGUUGAGUGAAUUGAUUGAAAUUGGUAAACUCGGUGAUUAAUUCAUUGUAAAUAAAUGGAAUUUUAUGGAUGGUUCAUGUAACAUAACCCAUUUUAAAAGUAGAAUAUUUUGGUUAUGCUUAGAUAUUUGGGUUUUUUCCUUGAGAUAUUCUGGAGCAUUAGAUCAAAGUUAUUUAUUUUAUAAAAUCCUUAUCACAAACUUUCAGUGUUCAUUAUUAUUUAUAUUGAUAUAAAUAAUUUUGUGUAUUAUGAACAUGGAAAUAGUUUUUAAAUAAAAUAGUAUUUUUAAUUAUUUUUGAUUGAAUUCAAUAUCUUGAUGUACUGUAUGCUUUGGGCAUUACAAAAUUUUGUAUGUCUUAAAUCCUUUUAUUUAGAAAGGCCAAAUAAUGCUUAGGUGCUAUUCAGAAUUGUAGUCCAAUUGCAGUAUUAUUGUAAUGUUAUUUUAAUUAUUUUUUUUUUUAGCAAUACAGUUUCAAACAUACAAAUAACACAGGCACAGACACAGUCAAGAGCCAAUAGUGAAUAGGUCAUUAUUUGGACACUUCUUAAACUUGUGUAACUAGUUUUAUUGAGAGCACCCAACUUCUUACAAGGAGUAGUAAAUUCUUUGAAAACAAAAAAUCUUUGUCAAAAGUUGUAAUGGAACAGAAUUUUUCUAACACAUUUUGACAGUAGAAAUUUUCAAAUUAUUUGCCUCGGCUUACGGCAGUGAAAUUCUGAUUUUGUUUCACUGGAGACCAACUUUUUUUAACUUGAAUUAAAUGGGGACUGUAAUUUUAGUAACGCAAAUUUUAGUUAUGAUUUACUUUCGUGAAAAAUCUACCUUUUAAGUUUGACUACCAUUAAUGCACAUUUUAUGCACAAGUAAAUGGAGAUGCCUUGAACUAUGGAAGAGUUUUCGAGAAGUGAAGUAUUUAACUUUAAAUGUCGCUUUGUUUACCUAUAUUUGGGAAUUUCACUAAAUUGGGAAAACCCUACAUUUGUUUUUCAUUUGACUUUUGGAGUAUAUUAUUUUUUUCUUCUGAAAUGGAAAACAAUUCAAUUUUUUUAAAUGUAUUCUGAAAAGGUGUGUGGACUUUUCCUUAUUUUUUUUAUCUAAACGGAAAUAAUCCUUUACUGUAUUUUUUACUGUUUUUCACAUAAACUCUCGCUUCUGGAGCCCAAGAUUCUUCAGAUUGAUAACCCAAUCCAUAUUGUUUUUGAAAUUGAUUUAUGACAAUGAAGCAUUUUACUUGCUUAAAGAAAAGUACUGUUCUAGUCGGAAUAGAUUGUGAUGAUGUUCAUGUGAAAUGGAGUUUAUGCUCUGUUGUUGUUAUUAUUAUUGUUGUUAUUAUUAUUAUUAUUAUUAUUAUGUGCUAAAAUAUGUGUUGUGUUUUAGGAAUGAGAGAUUCAAAAGUUAGUGAAAACA